GCAGCGGCGGCGGCGGCGGCGGCGGCGGCGGAGGCGCCCGGUCCCGGCCGCGCGGAGCGGACAUGUGCAGGCUGGGCUAGGAGCCGCCGCCUGCCCCCCGCCCAGCGAUGUAUCCGGCGCCCUCCGCCUGCACUUGCCUGUGUUUACACUUCCUGCUGCUGUGCUUCCAGGUACAGGUGCUGGCGGCUGAGGAGAACGUGGACUUCCGCAUCCACGUGGAGAACCAGACGCGGGCGCGGGACGAUGUGAGCCGGAAGCAGCUGCGGCUGUACCAGCUCUACAGCCGGACCAGCGGGAAACACAUCCAGGUGCUGGGCCGCAGGAUCAGCGCCCGCGGCGAGGACGGGGACAAGUAUGCCCAGCUCCUAGUGGAGACGGACACGUUCGGCAGCCAGGUCCGGAUCAAGGGCAAGGAGACCGAGUUCUACCUGUGCAUGAACCGGAAGGGCAAGCUCGUGGGCAAGCCCGACGGCACCAGCAAGGAGUGCGUGUUCAUCGAGAAGGUUCUGGAGAACAACUACACAGCCCUGAUGUCGGCCAAGUACUCUGGCUGGUACGUGGGCUUCACCAAGAAGGGCCGCCCCCGGAAGGGCCCCAAGACGCGGGAGAACCAGCAGGACGUGCACUUCAUGAAACGGUACCCCAAGGGGCAGGCGGAGCUGCAGAAGCCCUUUAAGUACACCACAGUGACCAAGCGGUCCCGGAGGGUCCGCCCCACGCACCCCGGCUAGGCUGGCCCCGGGGGCAGCGCAACCCCCCCACCCCAGGCCACCCCGGCCACACUCACACUCACAGAGAACUGCCUCAGAGGAAUAUUUUUACAUGAAAAAUAAGGAAGAAGCUCUAUUUUUGUACAUUGUGUUUAAAAAAAAAAACAGAACUAGAACU